AUGCUGAUGACGAUGAUUGCUUAUAUGGAGGGUAUGAUUGAGGACAGGUACAGGGCUCUUUUAAUAUUUGUUCUUUUUACGCUUAACAAUGGCUUUUCUUGGCUUAUGUUUGAUCCCGUGGCUGGGUGGCUCGAGGAGAACAUGAAUGGUGUAACCGUGGGUCAGUUACAAGUUCUUUCUUCUUGGCAGCCUUUGAUGUUCCUUAUCAUGUUUAUACCUGUGAUGAAAAUGGUGACGGGGUCGGAUGGACUGCGAAAGGCGGUGCGUCUUGGCGCGUCGUGUGAGAUUAUUGGUGCGAUAUUCAAAAUAAUCGGCUCAUUGUCCCGAAAGUCGUAUGCGGGUUUGGUUCUUUUACACAUCGGUCAAAUUUUUAGUGGGGUGGGGUCUCCUGUGGCGACAGGCUGUGUCUCGGCCCUCUCUGCUGCGUGGUUCAAUCCCAAUGAGAGGACAAGGGCCACUGCUGCCGCUGUUUUGUCGAACAGUGUGGGGAAUUCGCUUGCCUACAUACUUGUUCCAGCCAUGACAGAAUCUUCUUCUUUUGUAUGUACCACUGUUUAUGAAUUUGUAAUGGCCACCAUUGCAACCAUUCUUGUGUGGUUUUUGUUCCCUACGCAAAAGGCGUCCGUUGUGUCUGGGGGGAUUGUUGAAAUAUUACCGGUUGAGGGGACUCCCAGCGAAGAUAAAAGUCUCCGGAGGCAACUCUUUAAUUUGCUCAGUGUACCCUCAGCUGUUUUUCUUCUACUUAUAUAUUCAUGGUCUAGUGGAGGAUUUUCGGCGUGGGUAUCGCUUUUUGACGCAACGUACGACGAUUUUUUUACCGAGAGCUUUAUUGGAUUUAUGAGUUUUUCGGGCAUGCUGGCGUACGCUGCUGGGGGUUUGGUUUCAUCCUGCCUCACCGAUCUUUACUUCCGUCGUCAAAUGAAGUAUGUGAUUUUUUUCUGUAUUGCGUGUAAUUCCGUCAGCAACCUCUUGUUUGUGGCCCUGGCACCAAACAAUGACGGAUACUCGCUUAAUCCAAGCGGAAGAGCAUGGAUUGUUGUCGUUACGGCACUGUGUGGAUUUUGGAAUGGAGCCGCUGCCCCGUUGUUUUAUGAACUGAUCGCAGAAAUUUCAUAUCCGGUAGAUGAGGGUGUGAGUGGUGUCGCCGUUUCCUUCUGUGAGAACCUCGGGGCGUUGUUUUUUUACCAGGUUGUAUCUCGUUUCUACAGCGGGCAAUCCAUGAGCGUCGCGUACUCCUUUGGAAUGACAGUUGCCGUAGUACUUUCAGCGGCCGUGCGGCAGAGGUACAACAGAUCAUACCACAUUUAUUUACAGUCUUCUCAGCAAUUAGCUUCCAUGAGUGUUGUCUCUGUUGAAACUGCCGAGUAA